AUGCCCUCCUCAUCCAUCCCUCUUCCGUCUCUCCGUCCCCUCCUCAUCCAUCCCUCUCCCACCUCUUCAUCCCCCCCACAUCCACCUCUUUUCCGCCUCCCCAUCCCCUCAUUUUCACCCCCUCCCAUCCCUCCUCACCCACUUCUCCCUGUCCCUCCCAGCACCAUGGAGAAAGAACGCAACCCUUCCUCCACCACAUCCGCGUUCCGCACAUCGUCCGUCUGGAAGGAGGAGCUGCUGUGUCCCAUCUGCUACGAGCCAUUCCGGGAAGCCGUGACCCUAUGCUGCGGCCACAACUUCUGCAAGGUCUGUGUGACCCGCUCCUGGGAGAAUCGGCACCACGUGUGUCCCAUGUGCAAGGAGAGGUCCUCCUUGGCCGACCUCCGCAUCAACCACACCCUCAACAACCUGGUGGAGAUGAUCCUCAAGGAGGAAGGGGAGAAGAGAGCUCUGAGCAAGGCCCAGUGUCCUCUCCACCACGAGGAGCCCAAGUUCUUCUGCCUGGAGGACAAGGAGCUGACGUGUUUCGCCUGCCAGAGCUCCAAGGAGCACGAGGGACACAAGAUAAAAACAGUGCAGGACGCGGCAGCGGAUUUCCGGGCCAAGCUGAUGAACAUGGAAACAUCCCUGAGGGAUAAGGCCAAGGAUUUCAGCUCUGUGCGUCGUUCCUAUGAGUCCAUCGCUAAGCACAACCAGGUGGAAGCAGUGCAGCUGGAGAAUCAGGUGAAGAAGGAGUUUGAGAAGCUCCACCAGUUCCUGUAUGCAGAGGAGAAGGCAAUGAUGUCCCAGCUGCAUGAGGAGAUCCAGAGCAAGCAGGACUUCAUCCAGGGCAAGGUGGAGCAGCUGGAACGGGACACUCAGGCUCUGCUCAAUGAGGCCACGCAGCUCCAGGAGGACCUCAGGGAGGAUGAUUACACCUUCCUCAUGACCCACAAGAACCGCAAGCGCAGGAUCGCCUGCACAGCUGAGGAGCCGGAGGCUGUUCCCUCAGGAAUGCUCCUGAAUGUGGCCAAGUACUUGGGAUCGCUGCAGUACGACAUCUGGAAGAAGAUGUUGGACACCAUCACCGUAG